CCUGCAUCUCCAAGGGGCUCCAGGGCCGGGUCUCGGACAGCAUCCUGGGGGGUCCCUUUGACUCCCGGCUCCAAGUCUGCAGAAAGGCGACAGCCCACAGGCCGUGUGAUGUCCCGAGAGGCUCCUGGGGCUGAGCUUCGAGCCGGCCCGGAGGAGGCCACGAGCUCCACGCCACGGGUGCCCUUCCUAUGCCGUCCCAGGGUCCCCGUAGGACCUCAGUGGCUCCUCCGGCCUUCCUGGGGCUGGGCAGGGGAGUGUGAUCACAGAGGCAGAAGGGGGCAGAAGGGGGCACAGAGCCGCCACCCGAUCCCAUGACCCCACGCCCAGGUCUGUACCUGAGAGAAGUGAGCGUCCGCGUCCGCGGAAAAAUCUGGGCGGGCGUUCGCAGGGUUCACGACAGCCAGAGGGUAGAAACGACCCGACGUCCGCCGGUUGAGGAACAGACAGGACGAGGCAGACCACCCCGGGCGGCACGGACACGCGCCACGGAACCCACGAGCCUGGCACGUGCUGAGAAGCCCGACACAAGGGCCACACGGCAUGGGAUCCCACUCAUGUGAAACUCCAGAACGGACACGUCUGGACACGGAAGGCACAGCGGGGACGGGACGGGAGGGCUCCGGGGGCGACCGCUCAAAGCUCCAGGCUGCUUUCGAAGCAAGGGAAGGGCUCUGAGAUCGGCCGUGAUGGCGGCCGCGGGGCGUCGUCACCAGACGACGCUCCGCGGACUUGCACCGCUGGAGAGAGGGCGCCGUGCGCCGUGUGACUUACGGCUCCGUGGGCCCACGCCAGAGACGCCACGCUGACCCAUGGGGCUGAGGAGUCACGGCCCCCCCUGGACCCAGCCUGAGAUCGCGCCACCAGGGGCCCAGAGCCAGGCCUGGCACGGCGCCCGUUCGCUGCUGCCUUCCCUCCGCCUCCGCCAGGCGUGCUUUCCCUUAACGGCAGGGCGUGAGGUGGUACGUUGAGGCAGGGGGCGUGAGGGGAGGCCUUUCUCCUCGCGUCCUGGGCCUGGGGCCCCUCCGGGGACGACCGGCAGCCCUGACCACACAGGCGCUGGUGUGCCUUCCCCACACCGCACGGCCCCCAGACCAGGCUCUUCCCCUCUGGACCUCGGUUUACCCAUAGGGGAGAGGAGGGCACAGCUGGAUGGACCCUAAAAGGCCAGGAGCCCCGACACCCGGGGGCCACGGUGGGCCUCGCGCCCCCUCCCCCCAGCAGCAGGGCACUGGAGCUUUUCAUCAGGAAAGACCCAGACUAAAUUUACGCGGGGCCCCCGCACGGCCGGGAGAGGUCAGGCGGGCCCCCCACCCUGGCUGCUUGCUUGACGCAGUUCCCCUUUCCCUCGGGGGGGCCCCAUUGUUCCUGCAGGCUGGCUCGCAAUCUCCCCGCACACUCACUUCCUGUUUCCUGGCUGAGAGGAAGCAGAGAUUUCUGGCCUCUUUCCUUUCUCUCUUUACGUUUUUAAGGAUAUUGAAAAAUAAUGAUACUCACAGGCAACUUUGGAGCUGAGGUCGUGGACGGGGGAUGCUGGAGACGCUUCGAGGCCACCCACAUGGACUCCGCACUUGGGGUCACGGGCCCCCUGGGGACCUGGUGGAAGCUGCCGACCCCUCCUCCCCCCACCCUGGGAAGGCCCAGCACAAACCGCCCAACUUGGUGGACUUCGGAGGCCUCCGGACCCCCCCCCCCCCACACUGCCCAGGGCCCCCAGACGCUCCACACUCUGAUCUGACACAUGGGGAAACUGAGGCAGGGAAGCCUUCCAGCUUCUAAUGCCCUUGCCUUCACUGGCGCCCGUGACAACCCCGAAGGUGUCACGGUGUCCCUGGGGAGGGGAUUCUGACGCCCCUCCCAGCAGCCCCAGCUUCCCCUGGCCACUGGGACAAUGGGCAGUCACAGAUGACGUACCAGGAGCCUGCCUGGGGGACAGGGACCGGCUCAUCUGUCCCUCAUGGCCCCCGCACCCCUGCCUGCCCACGCCCUGGGACAGCUUCAGCUCUGGGUCAGAGGUCAGGCUUUUCCCGCGCCAGUCUCUGUGGCCCCGAGAGGUCAUUCCUCCGUAAAGGGGGUCGGAUCCCGGCCCGGAGCUGGCAGGGCAGGCGUGACAGCCCAUGAGGACCCAUGUGCACGCGGCGUGGUGCCAAAGGGCCUCAGUUGUCCUUCUCAUCGGCUUCAGAGGGCCUGGCUCCCUCUCUCCCUGGUGGGCAGGGCGGGGACAGGAUGGCCCCCUCAGGCAGGGCUGAACGGUUGCCCACCUCCAUCAACCUGCCCCCCUUCUCAGGAGCUUCCCUUUCCGUCCCGGGAGAUAAAGUGUUUUUUCCUCUCGGCGUUAACGGCUGCCCCAUCCGCUGGGCUUGGCAAAUUGCAGGCCGACUGCGAGUGGGGCUUCCGUCCGGGGAGCCAGGCCGGGGGUGGGGGUCCGGGGCAAGCCCCCUUCCUCAGCCCCCACGGAGGAGGGAGCCCCAAGGGGGUGGGGGCUGCCCCCAGGGCCCAGAGGAGCCCGCACUGGGACAAACCCUGGCCAGGGGGCCAAGCACCCCGAAGGUGACCCUUGAGGGCCUGGCCGCGGUACUGGGGGGAGGCGGGAGGGGUCUUGGAUUCUGCCAGGGGCUCUCCCUGCUCAGCAAGAGGCUCUGGCAGUUGGGCCCUGGCCACAAAUGCCCGCCCUGUGAGCCUCCAGGCAGGAUCCAGUGCCCACCUCGUGGCCAUGGUCAGCACCUGGCCCCCCACCUGGCCAACAGGCCUUGCACUACGGAGGUGAGUGUUUCCUGGAGGCUCCUGGCAGCGGGAACACAGAGCACAGCCACAGCAGAGGUUGCACAGGGGGACCCCUAAGCCCACUCCCGCUCCCCAGCGGGCGGCCCCUUCUCUCUCCACCGCCCAGACCCACUCAGCGCCCUGGGACGUCCACCGUGCCCGCAGCCUGCAGACUGCUGGGCCCGCCGAAGCCCGGAGCUCGGCGCCCUGGGGGCUGUGCUGCUCCCCAAGAGUCCUGUGCCUGGCUUUCACCCUGCCUCGGUGUCUCCACUACAGGAUGAGUCUUUCUCCCUCCGUUAAAGAAAUAGUAAUCCAGCGAUACCACAGCAAAACCAUCAGAGUGUGCCAAGAGGGCAUGAGGCACCGGGUACCCUGGCGCUGGGGGAGUGACCGGGAGUUCUGCUGGGCAGUCCCUGGUGUUACAGGUCUCCCCGGACCAGCGGGUCCCCCAAGACAGUCCCAGGGACAGGCGCCCGGGAGCCAUGCCGGAAGGCGGGCACAGAGACCACCAAAGCAGCGCCACGGGUAAGAGCCAGGGCUGGCGGUGUGCGUGGCCUGCUCUGUUCUCCCUGCGGAACACGGAGCUGCCCAGAGGGUGGGCACACCGCCGCACCGGCCGCCCACAGACGUGCCAUGGAGCGGGAGAGGCCAACACCACUCGGGCACCGUGCGGCGCCGUGGACUUGAAACUCCAUGAAAGCAGGCGGAACCACGCCGUGGGCGCCUGGGGCGGACUCGGGGCCUCUCUUGGAGGGGUGCUGGCUGCCCGUGCUCCCCGUGGUGUGCAUCUUCACUGUGAGGACGCACGUGUGCAGCCGCCUGGGGGGGGGGCAUCUGGGCGGGCUUGUGAUGGGUGACCCGCGUGGCCUCUCCCUGCCUUUUGCGCACCUGCUAGGGGGCCAGCUCCGUCCCCGUGUGAGCGGCACAAAUGAGGUCCCGCUCGGCAGCGUGGAGCUGGUGCUCAGGGAGGGGCAUCGGGACACGAGUGAGGGAUCAGACUUGGUCCGAGUGCGCUGGGAAGCCUUCUGUUGGGCUUUACGGGACGUCACACGGUCUGAUGUCACCUUCACAAAUCUCCCUAAAAACCGGGGUGGGGGACAGGGCUACCCCGUGGGCCGAGGAGGAGGUCAGCCAGGUAAGAAGCAUGGUGGCCUGGACCAGAAUGUGGCAGUGGCAGGAGGGACGUGUUCUGAAGGCACAGCCCGUGGGGUCUAUGGGAACGAAGGACGGGGCAAAGGCGGCAUCCUGGGCCUCCGGCCUGAGCAGCGGUGGACUGGCCGCAGGAAGGCCCUGGUCACACGCCUCGCCCGGUGCCCCUCGGCCUCAAGCCGCCUGAGCCGGCCUCUGCUGGGGGCUCGGUCUACCCUCUCCGGGGGCUGCAGAGACCGAAAGCUCAGUGGUGAGGGGUCCCAGGAGCUCCUGGCUGACCUGUGCCACGCCCCACUGCCUGACCGGCACGCUCAGGGAAGACCUCAGCACGAGGGAGGCACGGGCAGCCCCCGCCACCCGGAAGAGCGGCUGCCACACGAGCCCAGGGGAUGACGGAGCCCCCUCCUCCAGGUGGGGCAUAUCUACACCCGGUUCCGGCUGCGUGAGCCACGUCUUGCACUGGGCACUGCUGCCCCUGGGGCUGCCUUAGUCAUCAUUACAAAUGCAGAAACGGAGUCCGGGAGUCCCCGCUGGUGACGGUGGGAUUCGGGUACCCGGGCUCCCCGGGGGCCUGAGGAACACUCAGGGGUGGUCCUGACUGUCCUGAACGGAGGGGGGUGCCCAGUGGGGGUCCCGCAGGGCCCCUAACCUGGCACUCUGGUUGGGAGGGUCGCUUAGUGUCACACUCAGGAUCCAGCCGGGCUCUGGUCUAAGUACCGGGUCUCCGGGCCACCGGGGUCGUUAUGUCCACCCCGCGUGGGGCUGCAAGGUAGUGGCCAGCUUCAAUCAGCCCCCGGUGCCUAGCGAGCUGGCCACCCCGUUGUGACGGCCAUCCCCAGCGUCUGGGGCUCAGCCUGCGGGGUCGAGGGUUCCCCACGCGGCCUCCCGGCUGGCUGGCGUCGCGGUCCUGCGUCCCCUGCGGCCGCGCCGCGCUCCGCUGCGGGGCCUCGGAGCGGGCUCGGGAGGGGCGGCGCGCCGCGGCGGGUGCGCGUCCGAAGCCCCGAGUUCGGGCUGACUCACUGCCGUGCCCGGGGUGGGGGGUGGGGCGCGCCCUGACCGCGGGCCUCAGUGUCCCCAUCUGCGCAAUGGGGGCGGGCGCGGGGCCUCGGGGCCCACCCGGGGCGUGCCGGGGGCGG